GCGAGACGCGAGUCCCCACGUGUGUCCCCCUCCCGGCGAUUACGCUCGCGAACGUCGGACAUCAUCCGGUUUUCCCGGGUUUUAACUGAUAUUUCGAAAGUGUGACGUUGUGAUAGUGUUUUGUUGGUUGCAUACCCGUUGGGGUCGGCUUUUCACCCUGGUGCACCGCGACGUUUCGCCAAUCAUCCUGUUGGCUUCUUCAGAGCUUAACUGCAACUGGUUUACUUUCAACUAUGUGCCUGAUAAUAGGAACAUGAAAAUGAUGAUUCCCAAGCAGACGCAGAGUAGAAUUCAGACCAGCUUCAGUUGAGUUCUCUGAAGAGGUCAAGAGGACGAGUCAGCAAGAAGAUUUGUCAGCGGCAAAACAGCUCAGAAACAACAAGCCAUGACGUCGGGACGUUUAUCUGUAACAUGACCGUCCAUUCAACGGAUAAUGUCGGAGAAUAAUGCGACGAGAUAAUGUAAUGGAGGUGUCGUUGUUUUUGCUGGCGCUGGAGAUAACGUUCAUCGUGGUAGGCGACGCCGUUCAUCCCGGCUGCGGGUGUUUGGUCUUUUCGUCGACGUACGGCAAGGACAGAGGCACUUUCCACAGCCCGGACUAUCCGAAAGCUUAUUCGCCGGGCAUCGACUGCCUGUUGUACAGCUUCGUCGCCGGACCGGAACAGAUCAUCGAGCUGACAUUUGUCGACUUCGACGUCCACAAGGGGCAAUCGGACUGCGCUCGCGGCGACUACGUGAAAAUAUUCAUCCAUUUGGACAGCGCGGACGUCAACGAGUACACGCCCUGGGAAAACCUGAUGUGCGGCCGACUGACGGAUAUUUCUCCGGUUCUGUACUCCUCGGGUCCGGGCCUCGUCCUCGAGUUCCAUUCCGGGCACCGGAAAUCCAACUCGAGCGGUUUCCACGGCUACUUUAGAUUCAUCGACAGGCGUUCGUUCCGUAUCGACGGUUUAAAAUUGACGGGCACGAUGUGCGACUAUCAGUUCGUAAGCUCCGAGCAAUCUCCGACUUACGGAAAGUUCUACUCUCCGAGAUACCCGUCGACUUACCCGAAGAACGUGCGAUGUUCUUACAGGUUUAAUGCGAGGUUUAAGGAGAGGAUACGGGUGGUGUUCGAGGAGAUCUCUCUGCAGAGGGGCGACCUGAGCUGCUUAAACAGGGCGGACCUGAUCCGGAUAUACGACGGCAAGUCGUCGUCCGACCCCUCCAUAGGUCUGUUUUGCAACCAGGGCACCGAACUCGAAGUCCUUUCCACCGGAUCCGACCUCUACGUCGAGUUCGUGGCCAACUCCGAUAGACCGGGUCAAGGAUUUAAGGCCACGUUUCAGUUCCAAAUGGCGGAGGAUCACGGUGCCACCGAUUCCCAGCGGUCGAGUAGGUUGGGCAGUUACUCGUUCGCCACCCAAGUGGAGCCCAAUGUCAGCGAGACAAGGUCUAGCUGUGACCUGGCGAUAAGCAGCGACACCAGCAAGAACGGUACCAUCAGCAGUCCGCUGUACCCGUCGCCGUAUCCGUCGAAGACGACGUGCAGGUACGAGUUUCAAGGACGCGGUAAGGAGAGGGUGCGCAUCGUCUUCCACGAUUUCAACCUGUACCAGUCGCCAGAAGACGUCAAGGAAAAAGAGUGCGACAACCAAGACUCACUGGUCGCUUUCGUCCAUAUCGACGGGCGCAUGGACAAACUCGACAGUUUUUGCGGCGGAUCUCUUCCGAAACCCGUCAUGUCGAACGGACCGCGACUCAAACUGGAGUUCCAGAGCCUAUUCGCCUCCAGGUACUCCAGGGGAUUCAACGCGACGUAUAGCUUCACCGAAAAUUUCGGUAUCAGUAGCGGCACCCAGCUGCCGGAAUACCCAUGUGCCUUCGUAUUGAAUAGUAACGAGACGAAAAGUGGAUAUUUUCACAGUCCGAAUUACCCCGGCUUUUAUCCGCGAGAUACCGAAUGCCAUUACUUCUUCCACGGCAACUUGAAGGAAAAGGUCCACCUUCAUUUCACCUACUUCGAUGUCGAGGGCGUGUUACCGUGCGAGGCGAUUUCAGCGAGCGACUACGUCGAGUUCUCGAAUUUUAUGGCGCGGGACCGAAAAUACGCGCGCCACUGCGGCCAACUGAAAGAGUUCGACGUUGAGUCAGACCGGAAAUUCUUCCGCGUCACUUUCCGGUCAAACGACAGGCUCGAUGGUACCGGAUUCAACGCCACCUACCACUUCAUGGAUGAGGUCGAAGUAUUCACCCAGCAACCGUCCACGGACGCCGCUGUAUGCCGACCGGGGGCAGCGGCGUCCUGUCUGGGGCUCGCGCUGGUCGUCCUCGCAAUAAAACUGUCGACAUAAUCGAGACGGACCGCGAAGAAACCCACCCAAAGCAAUACAUGAGAGAGUCGUGUGCCGCAACUCUCGCGAUUAUUUCGGAUCGGGGCGAGUUGCGUCAGAGUUAUCGAUCCCGCCACCUACGAUCAACAUAUCCUACUUUCUUAAAUCAAUUGAGCAAGCCGAUUAGGUGCAUACGACUCGACGAGAGCAUCAUUCGCCGUUAGUUUGUUGCGUACGCCCCUGGCGGCGCUAUGUGUACACGUUUUGUCCCCCAAAAUGGCACCAGCAACUGUUUUGACAUCAUUUACGUCAUCAAGCGAGAAUUGUCCAGCACUUUUAGCAUGUAAUCAUAAAAAACUGAAAUCUAAUUCGGGAACUAACCAAAUUCACAAUGUCCAAACGUAAACGACGAAACAGCAUUUAUAUUUAAAAAACAUACUUAAGAAGAUCGACUUUGCAGCGCAAGAAAAGUUGGCCUAGGGAUUCCGAAUGUCUUUGGUGUAAAGUCGGCCUUAGCGAAACGUCAUCUCACAACGAUCGGUUUCUGUUAAUACUAUGUUCUAGACAUGUCGUGUUCUUCGUUAUUUAUUUUUUUUAAACAACUAUUUUCAGUUAAACUAGCUGUAAGUGUAUAAAAUUAUGGAUAAUGUAGACUGUGACUAUGAUGGACCCUUUGUAAAUAGUAUUCAUAUAAGAAAUAGUGCACAAUAAAG